AUGGCCGAACAAGUCGAUCUCACCACCAUCCCCAUCUCGCCUGAUGGCGAGAAGGGUGCCGACUCAGGCCCGGCCACGGGCAAGUUGAUCACCGUCUUCCACGACAAGGACAACUUCAACGUCAAGCAUCCUCUCAUGAACAAGUGGACUCUGUGGUUCACCAAGCCAUCCAGCGGCAAGGGCGACAACUGGAACGAUCUCCUCAAGGAAGUCAUCACCUUUAACUCAGUUGAGGAAUUCUGGGGUAUCUACAACAACAUCGCACCCGUCUCCGAUCUUGCCAUGAAAUCCGACUACCAUCUCUUCAAGGAGGGCGUACGACCGGAGUGGGAGGACCCCCAGAACAAGCACGGCGGCAAGUGGUCAUACCAGUUCAAGGACAAGCGCGGCGUCGACAUCAACGACUUGUGGCUUCAUACCAUGAUGGCCGCAAUCGGCGAGACUCUGGAAGACGAGGAGGACGGUGAGGUCAUGGGUGUCGUGGUCAACGUACGCAAGGCCUUCUUCCGUAUCGGUGUCUGGACCCGCACCAUAGGCAAGAGCAUCCCCGGUCGUGGCGAUGGCGAUGUUGCUGGUGGAAAGGGACGAUCGGUGGAUAAGGGCCAGAAGAUCCUGCUUUCUAUUGGCAAGCGCUUCAAGGAGAUCCUGAAGCUGCCCCCGAACGAGAGCGUCGAGUUCUCUGGUCACACCGACUCUGCACACAGUGGCAGCUCGCGCGCGAAGGCCAAGCUCACCGUCUAA